CACCCAGGCCCGGCCAUGAGGAGCGGCGCGGAGCGCAGAGGCAGCAGCGCCGCGGCGCCCCCCGGCUCGCCGCCCUCCGGCCGCGCGCGCCCCCCGGGCCCCGACGCGCCCCCGGUCCCGCCGCCGCCCGCCGCAGGCCAGCCCCGGGCCCGGGACGCGAGCGAUGCCCGCGCGCAGCCGCGCCCCCUGUUUCCGUGGAGCAAGUGGAAGAAGAGGAUGGGCUCGUCCCUGUCGGCGGCCACGGCGCGGAGGCCGGUGUUUGACGACAAGGAGGACGUGAACUUCGACCACUUCCAGAUCCUUCGGGCCAUCGGAAAGGGCAGCUUCGGCAAGGUGUGCAUCGUGCAGAAGCGGGACACGGAGAAGAUGUACGCCAUGAAGUACAUGAACAAGCAGCACUGCAUCGAGCGGGACGAGGUGCGCAACGUGUUCCGGGAGCUGGAGAUCCUGCAGGAGAUCGAGCACGUCUUCCUGGUGAACCUGUGGUACUCCUUCCAGGAUGAGGAGGACAUGUUCAUGGUGGUGGACCUGCUCCUGGGCGGGGACCUCCGCUACCACCUGCAGCAGAACGUCCAGUUCUCCGAGGACACGGUGAGGCUGUACAUCUGCGAGAUGGCGCUGGCCCUCGACUACCUGCGCAGUCAGCACAUCAUCCACAGGGACGUCAAGCCCGACAACAUCCUGCUGGACGAGCAAGGGCACGCACACCUGACCGACUUCAACAUCGCCACCAUCAUAAAGGACGGGGAGAGGGCCACCGCCCUGGCGGGGACCAAGCCAUACAUGGGUGAGCCGCGGCCACCAGCCUCACACCCGCCCGGCCAGCCUGCUGUAGUGCGGGACAGGCUCAGACAGACGCUAGGUGACGAUGUGAGAGCUAGGACACACUCCUGGGUCGGCCCACCGCCCACACCAGCUCCGGAGAUCUUCCAGUCCUUCGUCAGUGGUGGCAGCGGCUACUCCUUCGAGGUGGACUGGUGGUCGGUGGGGGUGCUGGCCUACGAGCUGCUACGUGGAUGGAGGCCCUACGACGUCCACUCCAGCAAUGCCGUGGAGUCCCUAGUGCAGCUGUUCAGCACGGUGAGCGUCCAGUACGUCCCCACCUGGUCCAAGGAGAUGGUGGCCCUGCUGCGGAAGCUCCUCACUGUGGACCCCAAGCACCGAGCCUCCAGCCUACAGGACAUGCAGGCUUCCCCAUCGCUGGCCGGCGUGCUGUGGCAGGACCUCAGCGAGAAGAAGGUGGCACCAGGCUUUGUGCCCAACAAAGGCCGCCUGCACUGCGACCCCACCUUUGAGCUGGAGGAGAUGAUCCUGGAGUCCAGGCCUCUGCACAAGAAGAAAAAGCGUCUGGCCAAGAACAGGUCCCGGGACAGCAGCAGAGACAGCUCUCAGUCUGAGAAUGACUACCUUCAGGACUGCCUUGAUGCGAUCCAGCAAGACUUUGUGAUUUUUAACAGAGAAAAGCUGAAGAAGAGCCAGGACCCCGCGAGCGAGCCGCCGCCGGCCCCCGGGGCCGGGGAGGCUGCGGAGGACCGCGAGGGGCCGCGCCCCGCCCUGUCCAUGUGCGGCCCCAUCUGCCCCUCCCGCCUCACCGAGAGUUAGCUCCCGCUGCUUUGCAGACUCAGGUCUGCCAGGAGGACAGGACGGGGUGGCGGGCAGAGGCCCAGCGUGGACAUUCCCCGCCGAGCAGCCCGGCCCCUCCCAGCACAGACCCCGGGCCUGGUGGCCCCGCUGCUCCCUGGCCUUGUUUGCACGGGGACGGGCUGACUGCCGAGCCUGCUCGAGGGCUCUCCGUGGCCCAUGGCAACCGCCUGGAGUGGGGGACACGCCCCGGUGGCUCCGUUACCUGCAACGGUGGCAGGAGGCCUGCGGCCUCCGCUGGUGCCCCCCACCCCCACCCCUCCGGCCCACCACUGGCAAGUCACAGAGGCUCCAGUGCCACCAGUCUCAGCUGUACAUAAGCCCUCAGCACCGGCCCCGCCGUCGGCUGCCGGACGUCCGUGCACUGGCUCCCCGGGGCGCACGGAGUCUCGUGCGGAAAGGUGAGGAGUGUUUUUAUAGACACACUGUUCUGGCGACUUCUGCUGUGUUUCUGUACAGCUGUCACCUCUGAGCAUCACGACCUAAGAGCUGCUCGGU